AGAGAGUCCUCACACACUGGCUCAGUGUUUGAUCCUCUGGCAGCUCUGAGUCACUGACAGCUGGACUGAACACAGGAAGAAAAGAAGAAGAGACGCGGCGAGACUGCAGGAGAAGAAGAGACAUAAAGGAGAGGAAGAACAUCUACAGCAAACUUUAACACUUCAUCACUCAAGUUUAUUUAAUCUGAGAGGAGAACACUGACUGAGGUGCAUCAUGGGAAGUCCAUAGAGACAGACCUGCGUGCUCCACGUCCACCCACCCCCCCCACCCCCAGCAUGCUGGCCAGGUUCCCCCAGGGAAGGAGCUCUCCGGGUGGGGCAGGAGGGCUGCUGCUGCUCCCUCUCCUCCUGGGACUGGUGGUGAUGAUGAUGAUGAUGAAGAUGACGGCGGCGGUGAGUGUGGACGCUGCAGAGAGCGAGGAGAGUCAGGAGAUCCUGGAGGACGACGAGGCCGUCAGCACCGAGAUCAUGGAUUCGAUGUCCUCGGAUCUGUCCAGAGUGUCUCCGCUCAGCUCCUGGUUGAUCUUCAGGAGAAACUCCAACAAAGGCGACAACCGGAAAACCAAAGGAGGGUCCAAGAGAACCUCCAAGCACGGUCUCCCAGGCCCUCCAGGCCCUCCAGGACCCCAGGGACCUCCGGGCCCCCCGGCCCCGCUCCUGCCCCAACAGCAGGAACUCAUCCAGGAGCUGCAGCAGAAACUGAGAGACGUGGCAGGAGGAGUGUGUUUGCUGUGUGAUCGUCCUCCUCGUGUCUCCACCUCCUUCCUCAGUCGCCUCCUGCAGCCCGUCACCAUCCCCAGACGCAGCCUGCUGGAGCUGCAGCCCUUCAGCAAGCCCUCAGACGCAGAGCAGAGCCUCCAGAGAGGUCAGAGUUUUAACGUCAGCACCGGCCGAUACACAGCAGCCGUGACCGGUUUCUACCAGCUGACCGCCAGCCUGCUGAUAGAGUCAGGUGACAGGGUCCAGGUUCGUCUCAGAGACAGCGUCAGAGCAGCGAUCUGCAUCGAGUCUCUCUGUCAGAGCAACCUCUCCGUAGAGUCGGUGAUGGGCGUAGCAGCUGCAGGAGGAACAUUCAGCAUCUUACUGACAGGAACUCUUUAUCUACAGGUUGGAGAGUACGUGUCGGUGUUUGUAGAUAAUGCGACCGGCUCGGCCGUCAGCGUUCUGCAGGAUUCUCUGUUUUCAGGGAUCCUGUUGGGCGUCUGAGCAGCUUCAUCACAGCAGCCGUCUCCAUGGGAACGAGUGACAUCAUCCAGGUCUCACGGUGCAGCACCUGUAUGACAUCAUCUACAGGAAGCUGCUGUUUG